CAAGCAUAGACACAGAACCCGGAAGUGGGAAAAUCUGAAACAUCAACAACUUGGAAAAUAACAGAGUUGCGACAUUAAUGGCAGAAGCGUCACUUUAAAAAGACACCGUGAUGUAAAUUAUUAACAGGAACGCGUUUAAACACAGCUUUUCAUAAGCUCUUUCUCAGAUUCUGAUGAUUUGAAGAAAAGUGAAUGCUGCUGAAGUCAUGAACACUCCGGAGUUAACGGCACAGCUGGAGGAGUGUCUCCACCGGGCAAAAAGAGACGUCAAUGCAGCAGAUAAGGAGAUGUUCAAGAAUGUCAGAGGAGUGAUGUCAGCCAAAUUGACCACACUCCUGCAGGAGGCGGUGGACAUGAAGUGGCCGUUUGUUGAGGAGAAAUGGCAGUACAAGCGUUCAGUGGCAUCAGAAGACAAAGUGAACACUACAGAGCUCAUUGGCAGACGUCUACAUCAGCUCAUGGCCUUCCUCAGAGCAUCCAUUAUGGCUGCCGAGCCAGCAUGGGCGAUGUCCACUAUUUUGCUGCUGGAUCGCUUUCUUUACUGGAUAGACGGUUCUCACACACUUCUGAAGAUCGCUAAAGCACUACACAUGCGAUACCCAGAAACCCCGGUCGCCCCUCAGAUCAUCAUUCGGCAGGCCAGAGUCUACCUCAACACCGGCAAACUACAGAAAGCAGAGUACAUUCUGAGCAGCCUGAUAAAUAACAACGGAGCAACUGGAAGUUGGAAAUAUCAGCGGGACUGUGAUCGGGUUCUCGUGCAAUCAGUCAGUGUGCAAGUUCGGGGACAGGUGCUACAAAAGCUAGGUCUGUGGCUGGAGGCAGCAGAACUCAUCUGGGCUUCGCUAGUCGGUUUUAAUGUGCUGCCUCUUCCUGAUAAAAAGGGUAUUGGAACAGCUCUUGGACUUCUGGCUAACAAUGUGAUCUCUAUGAAUGAUCAAGACUUUGCUACAUUCCAGAAGAAGCCUCAUAUCAAUCUGAGUUUCUUGGGAGAUUUUAAUCAUCGACUGCUCUGUGCAGCUCAGGCUGCCAAAAUGGCUGCUGUGUACAGUCAGUUUUGCUCUCUGUAUGUACUUACCCACAUGGUUACUCAAGGAACAUGUCUCCUGUCCUACAGUUUUUCAAAAGACUGUCAAGCUCAAUCUAAGCACAGAUAUCUCACAUUGGCUAAGGAAGCCUUUGAGAAUGGUUUGCUAACAAAGAAAGAGCAUGAGGUGGUCACUAGUCAACAGGAACUACACACACUCCUCAGAGCAGCUUACUGCUUAGCCACAACCAACAAAUGGAUGUUUGGUCCGACUGAACAGGUGAACGCGGCUGUUCGAGCUUGCAAGGAAACUAUGGUUCUUUUUUAUUCUUACUGCUUUAAAGAUGACUCAGAUAAGAACGUGCUUUCGUCUGAAGUCAUGGCGAAGCUGCAGCACAUUAAGGUGCUUCUCAAAAUAAAGCCCUUCAAAAAUUCGGACCCAUGUUCGUUUAUUCCUGAUAGUUACCGCGCCAUAGAGGACAGACCAUUCCCGUUCACUAUAGACGAUUUCACAAAGGUCAUGGAACGUUUUCAGAAGCACCACAGAUCGGUGUGUGAAGCUUUUUCUGUGCAGAAAUGUAGAGAAAACCAUCAAGACACAAGUCAUGCUAACUGCAUCACAGCCGUCCAAACACGAACCGAGUCAUUUGCAACAGAAUGUCAUAACACAUGCUAUAAAUCGAAUGAAUCCCAGCCGGGGAUCAAGAACAAAAAGAUUUUGGCCAUGUCAGAAAACUCCGAUCAGUUUGCGGAAACCGUCUUUGAUACUAUGGAUAGUGAGGAAAAGAAACCAAGUAAAAAAUCCCAAAAAACAAACAUUUUUAAAAAUUCUGGAGGAAGCAGCAGUAUAGGAUCUUCGUGGACAAGUCUCUCUGACAAUAAUGGCACUUCACCAGUUCUAGUCAAUCCUUUCUGUUGCACUGAAGUAGAUGAUGACGGUAGUGUUGACAAACAGAACAGAAAUGACGGUAUUGUAGGCAAAAGUGCCAAAACUGCUAAUAAUAGCAAUCAGACCGGAAAAGAUCAUUCCUUUCAUGCAGGAGAGAGCAUCUCAAAAGCUAGCAGUGAAGUCUGCACAGAUCUUCCCUUUCUAGCUGGUGCUAAUCAACAACCGUCAAAUCUUUCACUUUGCACAACCUUGGGAAGUGAAGAGAACAGUAAAACCAACCAUCAAUCUGAUGGGAAAGACAAAACGACAAGAGCUUCCUCUGGGUCCAUUAGUAGCUUAGGCUCUUCAUGGCAAAGUAUUUCAUUCUCCAAGUCACCUCCCAUUGGAGGUUUCACUGAGGUCUUGGAGGAGGACAAGCAAGAGGUCGAUCAAAACUGUGACACGUUACCGACCGAGCAUGAGGAUGGCUCAGGAAGUUCCUUUGAGUAUUUAAACCUAAGUUCUUCAGCAUCAUCUAUUCAGAAAGAACAAUUUAGCCCUUCCUAUCCGACAGGAAAUGAUGCAAGCAAAGCCCAGACUGGAAGUUUGGAUCACAAACAGAUAUUACCAUCUACUGAGCUUGACUCAUUUGAAUUUCUGCACAUUGAUCAGUCUGAAGCAACACAAGGAAACACAACUGCAGCAAACAAACACAUGAACGACAACAUAAAGGUUCCUCCACCUUCUCAUCCUGACAAUGCCUAUGAAUGUUCUCAGAUGUCUGAAAAGAUGAACAAGUGUGCAGACAGAGAUCAGUGUUCAUCCAACAAGAAGAGCGGGGUCUUAUCCAACGAGAACUGUCGUAACGGCUGUUUUCAGGGUUGUAAGAUGGGAGGUGUAGUUUUGACAGAGCAGGACUACAGAUCCCUCCUGUCAGGAGUGUGCCAAAGCUGCCUACUGUGGAGGCUUCCAGACAAACCAUUUAAACUCAGCCAUUACAACAAAGCUUAUAGUGCACUUGUUUUAAAAUACUCCAAGACUACAGACUCCUGGACGGCCUGCGAAACAAUCGCGUACGUUGGCGAAGUGCUAAAAAUGGACGUCGAAGGAAAACAGAGACAAGCCUUCAGAGUUCAGUAUCUACAUCAGGAACUACUGCUGGGAAGUUAUGUAGGAAAGGAGUAUUUGAAAGAAAAGAAAAUCGACGCACACCUGGGCGACGUGGAACGGCAGAUGACGGCUCAGUUUUAUGUCAUGGAGUUCAACAAGCGCCUUUAUGAAAACAACAUCACCACGCAGUUCUUUUACCUUCCUUCUGAGAUACUGCUGCUCCUGGAAUCCGACACCAUCUUGGCCUGUAUAUCAGUAGAACCAUACAUGCUGGGGGAAUUCGUGAAACUCACCAACAACACCACAAAAAUCAACAACCAACAUUCAACCACAGAUUAUGGCAUCGCUUUUGGACAUUUUACAUACGAGUUCUCCAACAGCCAGGAGGUGGUGGUAGACCUGCAAGGCUGGAUGACGGCAAAUGGGAAAGGACUGAUGUAUCUUACAGAUCCCCAGAUCCAUACAAUCAGGAAACCCAAAUCUGUCAAUAACUUCCAUUACAAUGGAAUAAGGAAGUUCCUAGAGGAUCAGCACGGAAAGCAUUGCAACUCCAUCUGUACAAGGGCUGCCCUACACACACUCCCACUACAGAUAGACAGAUAGACACUUACCCCAAGUAUGCAAAGGGCACAAGUACCUCAUUUAAGAAACAUUCGCUUUAGUGGUGAAUCAACUGUUUAAGGCUCUGGGUUGUUGUUUGGUAGAGGUUUGGUAGAGGUCUUCACGGGUCCACUUAGAUCCGAAAACCUGAGGUCCGACCAGGUCUCGGGUAAUUUAAAAUGAAUGUGUUUUUACCGAACG